UGCGUAAACAAGACUUUGCAAAUGGCGGCGAAUGUUAUUGUUUAAUGGAGUCUGUAAUAUUUCACACUUAUGCCCGGAUUUACCGCUACACCAGCAGACAUGGAUGGGGGUAGUGACGGGGGAGGCAGGUGUGGAGGGGGUGGGCGGGAAGAGCUGAUCGAGGCUGUCCUUACCUGUGAGGGCCAUAUCUGUGACCCAGACCUCCCGAAGAAGUUAACCUGCCUCGUUCACGCCCUCAAGCAUGUCACCUGUAGUGAUUCCACCUGGUUCGUCAGAAAGGUGGAGCCGUGGAACAGUGUCCGCGUGACCUUCUCCAUCCCCCGCGAAGCUGCCAUCCGCCUCCACCAGCUGGCCCAGGCGGGUGGACCAGCCCUUCGCCAGCUGGGCAUCCUCUCUGUGCAGGUGGAGGGCGACCAGGUCAUCUCGCUGAAGGUGGCCGGCCCCAACAAUGAGUCGACGGAGAUCGUGCUGCGGACAGACGGCGGCAGCAGCGACGGCGCCGGCACGUCCAGCGUGGCGCGGUCUGUCACCACGGCGCUGGGCGGGGCGGGGCUCAUGCCGGGGCCCAGCCACGCCCCGGACAUGGCCGCUGCCUCGGCAUUCCGCAGCCCGGGGGUGCUGGUGCCCCCAGGGGAUGGCAUGGCCCUGGUGCCGCGCCCCAUGGCCCCGGUCAAGGCGCCAUACCCCUUUGGGAGCAUGAACCGUGUGCAGACCAUCCGAGAGCUGCAGCACCCCCAGGCACCCCCAGUGCAGCCCCCUAUGGGGCACGUGGUGCCUGCCCCGCCCCAGCGCCCCGUCUACAAUCCCCCGCCCCCCUACCCCAACAUGGAGCCCUCUCCCAUGCGCGCCCCAGCAGUGAUGGCGCACGGGCAGAGGCCACCCCCGCCGCUGCCGCCGCAGCUUAACGGGACCCAGUACGUGGCGGGCCCGGCGGGCGGGGCGGCGGCCGUGGCCCCGCCCGGCCCCCAAGUGUUGCCUUCUGUUGUGCAAGCCAGUUCAAAUCAGCCUGUUAGUGGUAGCUACCCAGUGCCAGUGACCCACACAGUGAACAACCGCUCAGUGCACGGCCCCCCAGUGAAGGCCAGCCCACGGACAGGCGGCAGUGUGCUCAAGAGCAGCCCCCUGCUGGUGGACCUGCUGCGGCAGCCCGACCACCAGCCCGGGGCCAAGGGGGUGCUGGCCGGCUCCCCACACGGCUCCCCUGCCCCCGCAUCCCCCUCCUCCCGCUCCACCACCUCCACCCCGUCCUCCGACUCCCUGCCCCACACCCCCAUUGCCAACCUACCUCUCCCCGCCGUGCCGGCCAUCUCCCCCCCGCCCCACACCUCCGCCCCAUACAGCACAGCGGUCACUGCGUCGCUGCCGGCCCCCUUCAAUGCCGCGUACGGGGGCCGGAGCAAGGACGUGGUGCAGACCCACCAGCAGGUGUACUCCGGCGGCUCCGUCAUCACCAGCACCGUGGCACCCCACCCCCGCCUCCCCAACAGUGUCAGUGGCGGCCUGCAGCAGCACCCCCAGGCCACGGGGCAGCCGCCCCCGCCACCCGGGCCCCGCCUGCCCUACGCCACUGACCAGCGCUCCGCGCCCCUGAAUCCCAGCCCCACUGCACUCCAACCCAAGCUGCCCGUGCAGAGCCCUGUGCGACCCAGCCCGGCCGGGGAGCCCCGCGCGGCACCGGCCUCCUCGCCCCAGCACACCUCGGGGGGCAAGGAGAGCCAGUACCUCAUCAAUCCCAACACGGGGCUGCUGGAGCCCCGGCCCAGCGAGAGCUCCGACUCGGAGCCUGAGGCGCGGCCGCCGUCCCCCGCCGCGGAGGAGCCACGCUGCAACUCCCUGGCCUCCGAUGACGAGUCCAGCGCCAGCGCCACCUCCAAGAAGGAGACUGACCAGUCCGACUCGGAGGCCUCCCGGCUGUCCGCCACCACCAUGGACUCCAAGAAGGCCACCCCCGCCCCGGACCGGCCCAAGGUGCAUGACCGCGCUGCCAGCCCUGCCACCACAGAGAACAGCAUGGUGGGUGGUGGCCCCGGUGCCACCGAGCCCAUCAAGCUGAAGCUGACCAUCGGCAGGGAGCCCGUGGCCCAGGCCACCUUUGUCACUAAGCCCAGGAAGGGCGAGCGCAAGGAGGCAGCGGCGGCAGCGGCCAACUCCUGCCUGGGGGCACAGGGGGCCGUGGAGCGCCGGGUGCCCAAGCUGCACAUCAAGUUGAAAUCAAAGCAGGCGGUGAUAGUGAACCCCAUCGGUGAUGGCGACGCCGCCCGAGGGCCGGACAAGGAGGCUGCCAAGGAGGACAAGACCAACAAGCGACGCAGCUACCGCAGCAAGACCCGCACCAGCGAGUCAGACGGCGAGGGCGGCGGCAGUGGCGGUGGCGGCGGCAAGGUGAGGGGCCUCAAGAUCAAGAGUGGCAAGGAAAAGGGCAGCAGCGGCGGCAGCAGCGAGGAGGGCACUACCAUCCUGAAGAUCCUGGACGCCAGGAAGUUGAAGGUGGACAUGGAGGAGGAGCAGGCGCCCAUCAAGGUGAAGUUCAGGGAGGGCAUCGAGAGCCGGCUCAAGGCCCCCAAGGCCCAGGAGGACGGCCGCCUGCCCCUGGGCAAGGCGGAGGCCUCCAGGGUGUCCAAGGGGGAGAACAAGUUCAAGCCCAGACUGAAGGCCAAGGCGUCUGGCAGGAAGGUCGGGGACUUGAACAGUGUGGGUGAGAUAGCUAGUCACAAAAUCCUGGAGACCCUGCCGCCCAGCAUCACCCGGGUGGCUGCCCUCCACACCCAGCAGCCGCACAUCAACCCCUCCUCCUCCUUCUCUUCCACCUCCUCUUCUGCCUCCUCCACCGCCACCUCGUCCACGUCGGCCUCAUCGCCCUCUGCCGCCCAGCCUCCGGCCAGCGUGGGCCCCGCUGCAUCUGCCACGCCCCCCACGCAGGGCACCCAACUGGCCAGUGAUGCCAUCAAGGCCGAGCUGGAGAAGCGGGGCAGCGAGGUGACCACCUGCAAGGUGGAGGCCAAGAGUGAGGUGGAGAAGGCCACCGACAGCCUGAGUCGCCUGCACCCAGCCAACAACCUGGCCAGCCUCAUGAACGGCGACCUCACCCACGGGGGGAAGCUGGUGCUGGGACGCCUGCGCCAGCACAACCAGCAGGCCACCACCACCGCCACCCCUGCCCCCACUCCCACCACGCCACAGCAGCCGUCACAGCCUCAGCUGCAACACGUGCAGUUGCAGCAGUCACAACCACAGCAGCAGCAGCCGCAGCAGCAGCCGCAGCAACAGCAGCAGCAGCAGCAGCAGCAGCAGCAGCAGCAGCAGCAGCAGACACAGCAGCCACAGCAGCAGCAGUUGGAUGGACCAGGCAGUAGCAAGCUGACAAUCAAGAAGAAGGGCUCUGGGGAGACACACACCCUGGAGUCCCUCAAGAAGGACCUUCCUGAAGGUAUAGGCAGCAUCCCCAAGUACCUGAACUACUCAGUGAUGAUCAACAAAGUGUCACACUCACCGGAGAAGUUGCCUUCCUCCCGUCAUGAAGAUCCUGCCGACAAGGGCGUCAAGAAGCUGGACUUGGCCAAGCACACCAUCUGCACGGACCUGGCCAGCCUCAAGGCCAACUCGGACAUCACCAUCCACAGCGUGACCAAGAACGAGACGCUGAGCUUCAGCAAGGCGAGCGGCGAGGGGGAGCGCGCAGCGCCCAAGGGCAGCAAGAGCGAGGUGACCAAGGUGGGGCGGGUGACGCACCUGGACGUGAAUGACCGCAAGGCCCUGCAGGAGGCGCUGAAGAGCUCCCAGAGCACCACCAAAAAGACUGACCCCCACCCCAGCAGCGUGCACGACCUCCUGAGACGCUUCAACUCCAUAGACAGUUCAACUACAGUGCCUGUGUCUUCUCAGUGUGAGAGUACAAACAGCACCUCUGGAGUCAAAGUGGAACCCAAAGUCACAGACACUCCAGACAAGGUGAAGCAUGAGGUGAAGAGUGAUGACAAAAGUGAGAGUAAAGAACCACUUACUUCAAGUGUUAAUUCAUCAAACAGCUGUGAUACUAGUGUUAAAGUGGAACCUGAGCAGACCAAGAUGUUAGAACAGGCGAAGGCUCCAGAAUUUCCCGGAAACGUCAUCUUGACUAAGGGUGAGGUGGAGAGUCCGGACGGGACCCCCAAGGGCGAGCACGGGAGCGGCCAGGGUGGGGAGGACUCCGGCAUCGAGUCCAUGGACGCUCUGUCCGAGAAAAGUCCAAACCAGAGCGACCAGAGCCCCACCCGCCGCGACGACAAGGAGUGCGAGGCGUUCCCGGAGAAAAGCUCAAGUGAUAAGCCCGUGCCCAAGCAGGAGGCACCGGGGGGCGGCGGCAGCGGCACCAGUGGCGGCGGGAGUGGCGGCGGUGCGGCGGGCACGGCGCAGAACCACGCCGGGGGUCAUAGUGUGGAACCCGAGGCGAGUGCUCAAGUCCAGGUAAAGACUGAACCCAUGGAGGUGGAGGACGCGGGUGUGGGCGGCGCGGCGAGCACAAAGUGUGGCGGCGGCGGCAGCGGCAGCCUGGGGGUGUGUGAAUCUCUGGGGGACAGUGACAGUAAACCCAUAAAGAAGGAAGAGGAAGAGAAACCCUCCCCUUCUCCCAUGAAAGUGGAAGAAAAAGUGUCCAGACCCACGGGAGACUCCACUAGUCCAGCCAAGGCCCCCACGAUACCCAGGGAGGGGGAGGGGGGGUGUGCCGCGCCCCUGCUGACACCCAAGGCGGAGGAGAGUGAGCCUGCCACCACCACCUGCACCACCACCACCAUGGCCCCCUCCAUACCCUCCUCCUCCUCCUCCUCCUCCUCCUCCUUCUUGUCUUCUUCCACCACCUCCUCCUCUGUCACCACCACUUCCUCCUUGCCCUCUUCGUCCUCCUCCUUGCCAUCUUCAUCCAUCAUCACCUCCUCCUCCUCCUCCUCCUCCUCCUCCUCCUCCUCCUCCUCCUCCUCCUCCUCGUCCUCGUCCUCGUCCUCCUCCUCCUUGUCCUCCUCCUCCACCUCCACCUCCACCUCCAAUUCCAUCUCCUCCACUUCCUCCUCCACCUCCACCUCAAUAGCCACCACCACCAUGUCACCCACUAAAUCCACAACUACUACUGUGUCCUCCACCCCCUCCUCCUCUUCCUCCUCUUCCACCUCCACUACUACAGCAACUAUUACUAGUACCACCGCCACUACCACCACCACCACCACCUUUUCCACCCCCUCCAUCUCUGUUGUCUCCACUUCCUCCAUCCCUUCCUCCUCCUCCUUCUCCACCACCUCCACCACCAACUCCUCCACCUUCACUACCCCCUCCUCCUCCUUGUCUUCUUCUGUUUCCUCAGCUUCCUGUACUUCUGUAUCCUCUUCCACUUCCUCCUCUUCCUCUUCCUCCACUUCUACGGCUCCCAUCCCUUCCUCCACCUCCUCUGUAUCUUCCUCCACAAUGUCUCUUCCUGCAAUGACCUAUUCCUCUCUUCCUCUCUCUUCCCUUCUUCCACUUAAUGAGUCAUUGCCUACUGUCACCUCCUCCUCCUCCUCUUCCUCCUCCUCUUCCUCCUCCUCCUCUUCUCCUUUAUCAUCUUCCUUCUCCUCCCCUUCAUCAUCUCUAGUGUCAGUUCUCUCUACUUCACUAUCUUGUUCAUCACCACUUUCAUCAUCAUUAUCACCAUCAUCCACUGUCUUCUCUUCCUCCACCUCCUCCUCCUCUUUCUCUUCCUCCUCCCCUGUCAUCUCCUCCUCCUCCAUCUUCACUACAUGUCCAAACUCAUCACCUCAGCCUUCAUCCUCCCUCUCCACUUUGCAGUCCACCACCACUAUCACCACCACAACCACCAUCACCUCCAUGCCUGUCUCCUCCACUCCUUCCACGGUCCUGUCCCCCUCCACCUCCAUCUCCUCCAUCCCUGCCAUGUCCGCCUCCACCGCCAUCACUACCAUGUUAUCACUGAACUCGCCAUCUGUUGCCAUCUCAUCCAUUCCACUUUCCUGCUCCACUUCUCCACAUCAGAGUCCACUUGUGUCCUUCUCCACUUACUCAGUCUCCUUGCCGCCCGCCAGCUGUGUGUCGUUGCCAGUGCCACAGAGCCAGGCACUCAGCACUAUCCUGGCACCCUCCACCUCCACCAUCCCCUCCCUGCCCCCUCCCACCUCCUCCCCCACCCUGUGUUCCUUCGCCACACCCUCUAGUCACACCACCACCAGUCCAGAUGCCCUCACCACCACCACCGCCGCCACCACCACCACUGCUACCACCACCACCAGCCUCACCGCCAUCACCACCACCACCAUGUCACCUGCCACCAUCCCCCUCACCACCACCACCACCACCACUACCACCACCACGGCCACCACCACCUCCACUACCACCACCACCAGUCACUCCCCGGUGGUGUCGAGCAUCUCGGUGAUUUCUACAGUGCCUCACUCUCCAAAGAUGACCGCCCCCACCGCCACCACCACCCUGGCCCUGCCCAAGCCCUCCCUGCUGGCCUUCACCCUCACCAGGCCGCUCACCAGCAGCGCCCCGUCGCAGGCGUCCUCCUCCAUCCAGGCCGCGUCCCUGCCGGCCAUCGACAAGCUGCCCAUCCUGUCCAGCCCCCCAGAGCUGGCCGGCGGAGCGUCCACCCCCUCCCCCGCCGGUGCCCAGCCCACCGCCACCGCCGCCGUGGUGUCGUCGGCCACGGGCCCCAAGGUGGUGACCCUGAAGCCCGGCAGCAGUCAGGGCCAGGUGAGCACGCCCCUCAACCUCCCCCCAGGGACAACUUUUCGGCUAGUGGCCCUGCCCGGUAACAGUGCCAUGGCUCCCACCACCAGUGCCGUCAAGGUAGUGGUGUCGCCCGUCAAAGGCCAGCUGAGCCAGCAGGUGACGUCCGGCAUCGGCGGCAUGACGGUGGUGACGGUGAAGCCCGUGGUGAUGGCGACAGGCGGGGCCAAGAACAGCCACCUCCUACAAACGCUCUCGGUGAACAAGACCGAGGAAUCUAGUCCCCCCUCCCUCCUCAAGGCUCAGCUCACCGCCCCCACCCUCACCACCUCCCCGCAGGCCAUGGCCACCUCUGUCACCAACUCGGCCGCCACGCCCAUCGUGUCCAGCACGCUCACCAACGGCGAUGACCCAGAGGACCUGGACUUUGUGGGCUUCUCCAGCACCCCACAGGUGAAGCUGCUGCAGCCUGGCGAGCUGCAGCGCGAGAUGGCGAGGCCCGACGCCACCGAGGGCCACCUCUCAGACUCCUGCAAGAGUCCCGAGGUGCUGUCCCCUACGGGGGAGGAGCCCACACCCCUCAGGGUGCACCCGCCCCUCUACACCUACGGCAACAGGGAGCGCAAGAAGGACGUGGAGUCCGAUGCGGAGGACAAGGAGCGGGAGGAGUCCAAGGCAGUGUCGGACUGUGAGGGUGGACCAGAGCCCAAGGGUGGUGACCCGCUGGGCUUGGAGAAGGAGAAGGAGGAGUGCGCGGCAAAGCCCAAAGCCAAAGACAAGAAGUUUGACGCGCUCUCCAUCGAGAUCCCCCCCUCAGACCCCGGCCUGGCGGACGACAAGCGGCUCACCCGCAGCACCCGGCAGAGCGCCCGCCUGGCCAGUCCCAAGGUGAACAGCCCUGGGGCGGACCUCAGCCCCAAGGUGGACCGCAGGAGUCCGGCCAGCAUGCUGUCCAUGGGCAAGCCCAGCCCCGUGUCCGUGCUGCGGCCCAGCGUGAGCCCCGCCACGCGUGGCACCAAGCGGCGCCGCCACGAGUCGGAGAGCAGCAACGCCUCCAGCGUCAACGAGGACACCCAGGAGCCCGCCGCCAAGGCCACCCGCAGGAAACCCCCCGACAAGGCCGCAGAUGAGGACGAGAGUUCUGAGGAUGAUUCUCUGGACGGCGGUGGAGGCAUCAACAAGAAGAGGAACCCCUCUGCUGCAUCCACUUCCACCAAUGAGGACGACGACGACUCCAGGCCGUCGUCGCGCAGCAGCCGCACAUCCUGCAAGGCGCCGCGCAGCAGGGAGCGGCAGAGCUCGGCGGAGUCCACCGGUGCGCCGAGGGACACCACACCCACGCGUCGCACGCCGCGCCAGAACAACCGCGGCCCCACCAAGGAGCGCUCCCCUGAGCCGGCCAGGGAGCGCGGCCCGGCAGGGCUGGCGGCCUCCAAGGUGGCCGCCGCCGCCGCCACCGUGCGGGAUGGCAAGGACAAGGCCACCGGGGCAGCCGCCGCCGCCGCCGCCAAGGAGCCGGCCAGGGAGAAGGAGGUGGCGCGGGAUAAGGAAGUGGACAGAAAAGAGGCAGUGAAGGACAAAGAUGCUCAAUUAAAAGACAAAAGGACUCCUGGUGUGGUGGUGAAGGAGGCCAAGGUGGUGCCCAAGGAGAAGAGUCCUCAGUGCAAGGACAAGGACAAGAGUCCCCUGCAGGGCGCCAAGACCAGAAAAGACAGCGAGCAGUCAGAGCCGGACGCCAGCAACAGGAGGAAGACCAGAAGUACAGCAACAACAAAUGAAGACACUCCCAACAAAAGAAGAAGAAUGUCCAAAGAGAAGUAGUGUCCGGCGUACCUUGCUGACAGGAAGGCGUGGUGGCAGUGCUUGUGAAGCGCGGUGUGCCCUGCAGCAAGUGUGUGUGUGUGUGUUGCAGUGGUGGAGUGUUGCUGUGACCAGACGGCAGUGUGUAUCAGUAUUAGAAAACAUAAGUGCAAUAACAUUCUCUCUUACACUGUCUGUCUCCUUCCGUUCCUACGGUGGCGGCGGCGGCGGCGGCCGCCACCCGCUUUCCUGUACCAGUCACCUCUGCCUGACCACUGCGCCAAGUUUUGUGGAAGCAACGCCGCACGCAUCAAGACUCAGCGCUGAUGUGAACGUUUUGUCCUCUGUCCAUCUUGGGAGCCUGUUUCCAGAACUUUGCUCGUAGUGGAUAAACCCUCAACUCCUGAGAUCUCAGCCAGUGGCAAGCCACGGUUACUUCGCGAACUGCAGACUCUGUAGGCUAUUACGUUACGCGUGCGGCGGCCACGUCUCCCGCACGCUGCUUAAGACAGACUAGUGCUGCGCUGAGCAUUGUGGAUUGUCAGUACAGCUGUAGCCGCAGAGGACAGCUGAAUGCAAUGAUGUGUGAUUCAGGGUGGUUAGUGCACCCUCCCCCAGUGAGAGAGUCUCCUGGUAGUGUUGUCAGGGACGGAGGCGGUGGUGUGGCCGCCCGCCCCGGCGCGGGGCAGCUGUCGGCCGCGCGCCCCGGGGCGCCCACACUUUUUUACACCAGCACCUCUAUUGUAAAUGUAGAUUGUAUAUAUUGGUGAAUGUUUUUAAAUGUACAAAGUCCAGCAAAGUGAAUAUUUUCUGUGUAUUUCUGUAUAGAUGACAGCAAGUAGAUGCAGAUCCUGUAAAUUAGAUGCUUAAAUUGUAGAACCUAUCAAGGUGAACUCCGGCUGUAUUUAUUGUACAUAGUGUAAUCUGUUGUAUAGACUACCACUACUGCAAACAACCUCGUUAACAGUGAUGUUUGUUUCUCCACGUCCUGUGCCCGACGAUGCCGUUUUCUCGGAACACCUCACGCGCACUCCUCUCCAGACACCCGCUGACGUCCGCAGCCACUCCUGCCGCGCCGGGCCGCGCCGGGCCGCCUCGGCCGCCACGGGACGCGGGAGACGCGAGCAUCAUCCUCCGGCUGAUCAUUUCGUUUUAUGAACUUGAUCGUGGUGCGUGCACACUUGGGCUCCCGCUCCCUGUCACCCAAGGCAUGAGCAAUGUAAAAUGUUUGUAAUUUACCCUAAUCUAUUUUUUUUAGCUUUAUGGCAUGAAAAUUAUUCUUUAAUGGCCCUAUUGAUUCUAUUGUAAUGUAAGAUUUCAUAUUUUACAUUGUUAUGAAUAACAGUUUUAAUUAUAUACAUUGACUUUC